GAGAUGGCUGCAGCAGGAGAGGAGAGCCAUGCAGCUGCAAGAGCAGCAGCCCUGAGUUCGUGCGGAUCUCAAGAAGGUGCACAAAGAUGGAGGGAACUAGGCAAGCAAGAAUUUCCCGCCCGCACAAGAUAAGUGAAUCCUCGAAGGUGUACACAUGCGCUGACCACGCCAGCCUAGUUCUUCAGAGCUUGAAUGAACAGAGGCACCGGGGCUUCUUCUGCGACAUCGUUCUGGUUGUGGACGAGCAAAGGGUCCCCGCCCACCGGAACAUUUUGGCGGUUUGCAGUGACUAUUUCAACUCCAUGUUCACCAUUGGCAUGCGGGAGGCCUACCAAAAGGAAGUCGAGCUCUUCGGAGCCUCCUACAUGGGCCUCAAAGCCAUCGUGGACUUCCUGUAUGGCUGCGACCUGUCCCUCGACGGCGGAAACAUUGAUUACAUCUUGGAAACGGCCCACCUGCUGCAGAUCUGGAAGGUGGUUGACUUCUGCUGUGAGUACCUGGAGAAUGAGGUCAACGAGGAGAACUACUUGUACCUCCAAGAGCUGGCCUCUAUCUACAACCUCCGGCGGUUGGACGCGUACAUUGACUCGUUCAUCCUGAGGAACUUUGGCACGCUGUCCUUCACGCCGGACUUCCUGCAGAACGUUUCCGUCCACAAGCUGUGCUACUAUGUCAGCAGCGGCGACGUCCAGCAGGAGUGCGAGCAUGACUUGCUGCAGGCCGCGUUGCAGUGGCUGACACAAUACCCGGAAAGGGGAAACGAGGCCUACCGGGUCUUGGAAAACAUCCAUUUCCCCUUGAUACCAAAGAAUGACCUCCUACACCGGGUCAAGCCGGCCGUCUGCUCUCUCCUCCCGAAAGAAACCAACUGCGAGGACUUCGUCGAAGAGGCGGUGCGCUACCACAACAACGUCGCGGCUCAGCCGGUCCUUCAGAACGAGCGAACCACGCUCCGCGCGAGCCAAGAGAAACUCCUCUUCGUCGGCGGGGAGGUCUCAGAACACUGCCUGGAGCUGAGCGACGACACCUGCUUCCUUGACACCCAAAUGGGACAGUGGGUCAGGGAAACGCCGCUCCCGGCAAGGCGGAGCCACCACUGCGUUGCCGUCCUCGGAGGCUUCAUCUUCAUCGCCGGGGGGAGUUUUUCGCGAGACAACGGGGGCGAUGCGGCCUCCAAUCUUCUAUAUAGGUAUGACCCUCGGUGUAACCAGUGGAUAAAGCUUGCCUCCAUGAGGCAACGUCGAGUGGAUUUCUAUUUGGCGGCCAUCAAGGGCCUGCUGGUGGCUGUGGGUGGAAGGAACGAAAAUGGGGCGCUUUCAUCCGUGGAGAUCUACAGCCCCGAGAAAGAUGAGUGGUCCUACGUAGCAGGCUUGCCAAGGUUUACUUACGGCCACGCAGGUGCCGUCCACAACGAAUUCGUUUAUAUCUCAGGCGGCCACGAUUACCAAAUCGGUCCCUAUCGCAAAAACCUCCUCUGCUACGACUAUCGCACAGACGUGUGGGAGGAGAAGAGGCCCAUGAUCACAGCCCGUGGCUGGCACAGCAUGUGCACCUUGGAGGACAGCGUUUACUCCAUCGGCGGCAGCGACGACUACCUCGAAACCAUGACCCGCUUUGACAUUUUGGCCGUGGAAUCGUACAGCCCGCAGUGCAAUCAGUGGACCAGGGUGGCCCCCUUGUUGCAAGCCAACAGCGAGUCCGGAGUGGCUACCUGGGAAGGGAAAAUCUACAUCCUUGGAGGCUACAGCUGGGAAGACACCGUCUUCUCCAGAACCGUCCAGGUGUACGACAAAGAAAAAAACAAGUGGCAAAAAGGGACGGACCUGCCCAAAGCCAUCGCUGGGGUUUCCGCUUGUGUGUGCGCGCUAAAGCCCAAAUCGGGGGAUAAAAAGAAAAGGUCCAAACAGAAACGACAUCAGGAUCAAGGAAGAUGACAAAUUCUGGGCAGUUCAGGCUUGAAGAAGGAUUGAGUACCAAACCUGUCUUUGAUCCUAUCUUCCCUCCCUUGAUUUUGAGAACUGUUUUGGAAACUACAUCAGAACUUUCUUCUUCGGUUGGGCUAAGGUGUUCCCUCUGAUGGAUAUUUCCUCCUGUGGUCCAGGAAAGGGGCAUUUCGCCGUUAUUCCAUCGACGGUCUUUCAUGCCCUAGGGAUGUAACCUCUCUGGUUCUCGAGAUCACCGUGUGUUUUUAGGACCAAGUCUAUUAGAAGGAAUAAUAAAACGUCUGUCUAGUGGCAGUAGAACACCUGCCUGAAGACACAGUGAGAAACUGGGAGACGAAAGAGAGAAGAGAUUUGUCCUAAUAGCUGGCAUCGAGUCUUCCCAAUCUCAUUCUCCAAACGCAGGUCCAAGAUGUUAGUAUGCCUUCAACCACGGACAACCUCUUCUUUAGACCAGCUGUCCCCAACCAUUUUGGCACCAGGUGCCAGUUUUGUGGAAGACAAUUUUUCCAUGGAUUUGGGGUGGGGUGGCAUUGAGGGGAUGGUUUUGGGAAGCAACUCCAGCGUCCUGGCUUCACGUCGGCUGGGUGAGCACCCAGCUGAAGCAAAGCCAGGAUGCUGGGGUGGGCGGCUUCGGAACGGCGUGCCCGGAAGUCGCUCUCCCAGAAAACAGCUCACCUGUGUGGCCUGGUUCCUAACAGGCCACGGACCGAUACCAGUCUGUGGCCUGGAGGUUGGGGACCCCUGCUUUAGACUUGAGUAAGUAUGUUGGGGAAAUAAGCUGAUAUGGGAAUGAGAGUCCCUAUGUGAAAACCGCUGAGACACUGAGUAUUAAAAGCCACAUUUUGGACCUUGGGUAUUGUUCCCUAAACUUGAACAGGACGUAACUGAGACUGUUCCACAGCAACUGAUUUGUAAAUGCCAGCUUUUGUAACUAGACCAGUUACCUGAGAAAAGGAGUGUAGCUUUCGCCCACUGCUGUCUGGGGCUCUCAUUCUUGUUUCGUCCAAAUGGCCCGCCUGCCGCUGUUGAAUAGUACAUUUGUACAGAUGCACUUCUGCUUACCAUUUUAUGAGGACUUAAAUGCCAACCCUGGGAUGGAAUCUAAACGACAAGGUGUGGGCGAUUCCCCUCCCAGUCCAGACAAAGCAAGUUUUGUUUUUUGUGUGUUUUUUGUUUAAAGAGGUUUUGGGAAGCUUUUGUACGGCUUUUUUUAUAUGACACAUUUUUGCUAAUACCUAGCCUGUAACUUGUCAUCUAGCGUGUUAUUUACUCUUUAACUUUUGUACUGCAUAAAUGCAGCCCUGCCGUUUCUGUCUGGGAGUCUGUAAUAUAGGGGUUCCCCACCCCAGCCGCCGGCCUGCGUGGCUUCGUUGUGAAAUCUUGUCGCGGAAGAAGUAUUUACGUUCUUUUAACACUGUCGAGCGAUCGGCACCGGCUGACGUUCUAGAUGAGGGUGCGUUGGCCCGUGCUACACAAAGGUAAAUGUGCUAACGAACACACAGUUGUGUACGUUCGCGAGGCCUUUAUUGACUCUAGAUGGGUUCAACGAUUACCAGGGUUGGUUUGCCCCUCCGUCGCUGAAGUCUAUCUCGUAGCGAUGCAAGUCAGCAUUUCUCAAAGUGUCACGAGGGCUAAUCCCGCUCUCUGGCAUGGAGACAUCCUCCUUCGUUCCUGCUCAGGGCCAGCGUCACGAGCAGGCACGGUCGGGCAUCUGCUGAGGGCCCAUAGAGCAGCAGGGACCCAACGAUAAUUGCCGUGUGGAAUUGCUCCUCCCCUUCCCCAGUGAAACGUGCUUCUUCACCAGACAACUGUGGUGUUGUGCGAAGGGGGAAUAGCAGCAGCUGUCACGGCCAAGUUGCACACUGGCUCUUGGAAAAUGGGGGGGGGGGGGGAAAGGAGCAAUAGCAACUGGUGAGAAUAGUGGUGAGUAGGUAGUUGGGAAUCCAGCAACAUUUGGAGAGCCACCAAUUAACCAACGCUGUACGACAAUGGAACCAAUGACCUAGGGAGGUGGUGGGCUCUCCCACACCAGAGGCCUUCAAGAGGCAGCUGGACAGCUAUCUGUCGGAGACGCUUUAAGGUGUAUUCCUGCACUGAGCAGGGGGUUGGACUCGAUGGCCUUGUAGGCCCCUUCCAACUCCACUAUUCUCUGACUUAGUAAAAAUUCCUGGGGAUUUUCAAAAUAGGCUUUCACCUGUACUAACCAAGGUGGAAAGCUACGUUUUUCAGGGCUUCUGUAAUUAUGAGAUGUAUUGAAAUCCUGUAACAGGGUGGGGGAGGAUAAUCAUCGAUAGAAAAAAAAAUUCUUUAACAUAGUUGGAGUUGACCAUUUUUAUAGUUUCCUUGCGUAAAUGCAAACACGGGUGUCUUUUUAUUUGCUUUCAGCAUUUCGUUUGGUUUUCUCUUAUACUUUAAAAAAACACGUAUUAUCUUUGUAAGUUGGGAAUUCAAACAAUAAAUCAUUUCCAAAGAA